GCCAGGAAAAUGAGUUGGUUCAGAGAUCCAGUAAUCACUCUUUCAAGAUUUCUGUUUUUGUUCCUUCUCUUAGUUCUCAUCAAGAUCUUUCACAAACUAUGGUGGACUCCGAUUCGCAUCCAGAAUAUGUUGGCUUUGCAGGGAAUCAAGGGCCCUUCUUACAGACUUAUCCAUGGAAGCACCAAAGAAAUCACGAGCAUGAAAAAGGAAACAAUGGGAAGGCCCAUGAAUUUAUCACAUGAUAUAUUACCUAAAGUUCAACCUCAUAUUCAUUCAUGGACCAAGAUAUAUGGGAAGAAUUUUCUGCAGUGGUAUGGUUCUCAAGCUCAAUUAGUUAUUGGGGAACCUGAGUUUUGCAAAGAGAUACUGAAUAACAAACAUAGAGCUUAUCCCAAAAGGGAGCCUCAAGCCUAUGUAAAGAAACUAUUAGGAGAUGGCCUUGCAUCAACGGAAUGUGAAAAAUGGGGAAAAUUGCGAAAGCUGGCCAACCAUGCCUUCCAUGGAGAUAGCUUAAGAAGUAUGAUUCCAACAAUGACAGCUAGUGUUGAGACGAUGUUAGAAAGGUGGAAAAAUCAUGAAGGCAAAGAGAUUGAGGUGUUUGAAGAAUUUAGAUUGUUGACUUCAGAAGUGGUUUCCAGGACAGCAUUUGGCAGCAGCUACUUAGAAGGGAAGAACGUUUUUGAGAUGUUGAUGAAGUUAUACUUCUUGAUAUUCAAAAAUUUGUUCAAAUUCAGGUUUCCUGGCAUCAGUAAGCUUAUUAAAACCAAUGAUGAGGUCGAAUCAAAGAAGCUAGAGAAAGGAAUACGUGAGGGCAUAAUAGAGAUUGUCAAGAAACGAGAAGAGAAGGCGAUAAUGAUUGGAGAAACAGACAGCUUUGGGAGUGAUUUUCUUGGAUUACUUUUAAAGGCUCAUCAUGAUUCCAAUGAGAAGCAGAGGAUUUCGGUGGAUGAUUUGGUUGAUGAAUGCAAGACAUUUUAUUUUGCUGCCCAAGAAACCACUAAUACUUUGCUGGCUUGGACUGUCUUUCUCCUGGCACUCCACACAGAUUGGCAAGAGGAAGCAAGAAAGGAGAUCCUGCAAAUAUUUGGCAAACAAACUCCACACUCUGAUGGCCUUGCCAAACUAAAAACAAUGGGUAUGAUCAUCAAUGAGUCUCUAAGGUUGUAUCCUCCUAUUGUUUCCAUUGCAAGGAAAGUUGAAAGGGAAGUUAGACUAGGAAAGCUCAUAGUUCCUGCUAAUGUUGAAAUAUUCAUCCCAAGUCUAGCAAUUCACCAUGAGCCUCUACUCUGGGGAGAAGACGUGCACCUUUUCAAACCAGAGCGAUUCUCUGAAGGGAUUGCUAAAGCCACAAAGAACAGAAUAGCUGCAUUCUUACCCUUUGGAAUGGGACCUCGAAAUUGCGUUGGGUUGGACUACGCAACCAUUGAAGCAAAGAUUGUAUUGUCAAUGAUUCUACAACGCUACUCCUUCACCCUUUCCCCUGCUUAUGUCCACUCUCCUUUGCAGUACAUUACAGUUCGCCCACAACACGGAGUUCAAGUAAUUCUACACUCACUGUGACCUGCGCAUGACCGAAAACAAAAUGGGCAAGGGUCUUGUAGGUCAAGUGGUUAAGAGCAUUUGUCCAUGCAUCCGAGGUCCUAUAUUUGAUUUGCCCUUCCCCAAUAUCACUUAUAUAGAAAAAAGUGUAACACAAUGGUAGGUCUUAAUUAAUACAAUGAAAGAGAGUUUAA